UCAGGGUGGGGGGGCAGCAGCAGAGACCGGAAGUCUGACAUUCGGGAUAAUCUGCCGCCUGUCGUUUCUUUCUACACACCAAAAUGGCGCGCCCUGACAGCAAGGGCGCGAGCGUGCACGUAGCGAACGAGGCAAAACAUGUGGGCGGGAAAAAGCUGCUGCGCCGCUACUCGGCUCUUUCCGGCAGCAGCCGAGCAGGCUGUGGACACGCGGAGCAGCAGCGACGUGGAGCGAGGAGCCCGACGGCGACGAGGAGCGAGUCCGUCCGCGGGCGCAGUGACCGGACACGGGGCUCGCGCGCAGAAUGAGACAGCCCUCGCGGGGCAGCGCGCGCAGACAUGAACGGGGCCGUGUACAUCUCGUUUUUCCAGGGCCAGCUGGAGUCCGUGCUGGAGCAGGUCGUGCAGCUCGCCGUCCAGGAAAUCAGCAAGACGGUGGGCGCGAGCCUGAACGCGCUGCUGCUGGAGACCGCCGUGAAGGAGACGGAGAACCGGCGGCUGCGGCUGCAGCUGCAGGCGCGGGAAAGCCGCGGCCGCGCCGCCGCGGAGGACGGGGCCCCGGCGGGGGCCGCUAAAGCCAAGGCGGGGGACGGCCGCAGGACAAAGCCCGAGGCUGGGGGGCAGAGCGGCGCGCGCGGCGUCGCCUUCGACACCCGCCGCCUGGAGCAGCGAGGACGAGUCGUGGACCAGCUGAAGGUGGUCAUGGAACAGGUCCUGGACUUCGCGCUGCGGGAGCUGACCAAGAUCGUGGAGGCGUCGGUGGACAACCUCCUGCAGGACAUCUCCAAAAUGGACAAGGAGCAGCAGGCUCUGGAGGAGAAGCUCGGGGGGAGCAUCGAGCCCUCAGCCCCGCAGGUGACGGGGCAGCCCCCGCCUCCAGCGAGCCCAGCGCUGAAGCCCCGCCCCCAGCAGGUCACGGCUCCUCGGCCUCCAUGCUGCACCGCCUCCUCACGUUGCCCUCCCAGCUGCUGGAGGACGAGGAGGAGGCCGGGGACAAGGAGGCGCUGGUUUCCCUGGCAACCAAUGGAGGCAACGACUGGCGAGGAGACUCAGAGCUGCCGGCCCCCACCGCCAAAGAGGAGGAGGAGGAGGAGGAAGAGGAGGAGGAGGAGGACGAGGAGGGCAAAGGAAGGAAGAAGAAGCGGCGCCGGGUCUGGUCCGAGUGUGAGGAGUGCGGUCGGCGCUUCAGCCGGAUGUCCCUCCUGAAGGCGCACCGGCAGACUCACGCCUCUUCAGACGGCGCCGCCGAUGCGCCCUCGCCCUCAUCUCCUCCAUCGGGCGCCACUUCGCCUCUGCGCUGCUCCGAAUGCGGCAGGCGGUUCUCCUCGUCCACGCGCCUCAACAGCCACAUGCGGACCCACCACGAGAACCGGUCCUGAUCGGUUCUGAUGGUACAAAGAUGGGCGGCUUUUACUCCGGAAGGCUUCAGGAAAUGUUUCAUCAUAGGCAGGUCCGACUUUGGUUCUGGCCAAGAACCAUGAAAGGAGACCGGAACCAAAACUUUCAGGAUGUUCCUCCUUCACAGUCUGAUCCGGUUCUGGUUCCACACUGACGUGUCUGAACUGAGAGCUCCGCUGCACCGAGAUGAAGAACCUUUGUUGGUGUGGACAGACCAGCUGCCAACAGAACCAGAACCACAUGCUUCCGCUGAUGAAGAGGAGCCGCACACGUCUCUUCCUCUCAGAUGAAGGAUCGGACCGCAAUAAAGCGUUUGUGGGACGCGUCCGGACCCGGCGGGACGGACUGUUUCUAAGUGACCUUCUUGUUUGAGCCUCUGGACUUCUGGACUGUGCGUCUUCUGGCGGGGUUGUACUUCCUGUCCGCGGUGGGCGCGGGACUUGGCGUGCAUCAGUGGCAUCAACAGUUGGAAUGUGAAGCUUUUACUUUGACAGACUUUCCUCUGUCAGCUGACAGCGCUUUGGAGCCAGCCUGCAUUCCCGCCUUUCCUCCUUUGCCCCGCCUCCUCACAUUGAACAGCGGCGUCCGGAUCUGCAGGGAAGUUUGUUCCCACCAAAUUCUUCCUGCUUGUUCCCGCACUCUGCCGUCGGGUCAUCUUCCUGUGAGUCAAAAAACAGUUUCCUGGUCAAAAUUCAAAUCCUUGAUUGGCGUUGGAUUUAUAGAAAGGACACGCCCACACAUCCGGGCCUUUGAUAUCUUUGUUGUGAUUCUAUAAUUAGUCAGAAUAAAUAUUUAGACUAAAUCGAAAAAUGAAUAGCUCCAGAUUUUAGCUGCAGCCAUUGGUCAGGAGGGAGGCCCCGCCUCCAUUUUUGAAUCUUUGAGAUUCUGCCUCGAUCAAAACGACCUUCAGCUUCUGAAGGUCGGAGCUGCUUGAAGGUCAGACAGACUUAAAGACGUAGGAAUCUUUAUUUUCAGAGGUACUCAAGGACGUCUCCGUUGAUCCUUCGUUUCUCCAUAACUUUAAAAGUUUGACCUUUUGACCGAUUUUCCGCCACAGACGACCUUUAACCCGAGUGUGGAAGCCCUGAAGGCGUGACUAUAACCCGUUUAUGUCAAAUAAUCAUUUCUGACUCUAAAUGUGGGGAUCGGUUUGGAGUGACUGAUUCACACAGACACCAGGUCUGGACUCUGAACGACUGAAGGAACUCCAGAGUCGAACCUGCCGCCAGACCGCCGCCAAACGACCGGUUCCCUCGCCCGCCAGUGACCGAUAGUCGCCUCCCUCCAUUUUCUUGUUUGAAGACUUCUGUUGAUGCAAAAAAAGAGCCGUUGAAGAACAUGGGCGUGGCCGUGGGGGGGUCUUGUCUGCUCAUGAACGCCGCCGCCUUGCCCCUGCUCAGCUCCACGCCGUCACAUACCUCAUUUUCUUGUGUUCCUGUGCGCGCACAGACCAAAUACCUCAGCUGUACAGACGUGUGACCACAUUAAUGUAUUUGUUUGCUGGUUCUGGUCCCGGAGCCUGAAGCUGCCGGAAAAUCGCCGGACUUGGACCUCAGGUGGAGAACCAACAUUUCCUCCAGAAAAGCUUUGACUCAGAAUCCCCAAACGGCUGAAGAGGAUCAAUCCCGUUUCAGGCUCCUUCAGAGAAUCCGAAAUGUUUGUGAAUAUUUAAGUCGUUUUGUUGCUGAUUUCUGCCUGGACUGACACCUCCUUCGUUUCUCCUCCUGGAGGAUCAGACAGGAGGACCAUCAGAGGAUGAAGACCUGCAUGAACAGAAGUUUGGGGGGGGGGGGUCAUGUGACCCAUCUGUAACCAAUCCCUGACCCUCCUGUCUUGUUACAAAGCCUUUCAGGAGAAAGCAUCCGGCUGGAAGUCAACCACAGGAGGGAGUGGGAGGAGUCUGACGUCUGACUCCGCCCACUGCAGACAAACCGUCAAAACUUCCUCAAGUCAUUUCUUCUAUCUGACCAUCAGGCGUUUAGGGUUGAAAUCCCAGAGAAGAAAUAGAUGGUCCUCUUGUAGCAUUAAUCUGUUAUAAAACGUGUUUUCGACGAUCUGAAUCCAGACAUAGCCGCUACGCUAACGCCGUUCACACUCUCCCAACCAAUCCUGACGUAGCCGCUACGCUAACACUGUUCACGCUGUCCCAACCAAUCCUGACGUAGCCACUAUGCUAACGCUGUUAACGCUGUCCCAACCAAUCCUGACGUAGCCGCUACGCUAACACCGUUCAAGCUCUCCCAAACAAUCCUGACGUAGCCGCUACGCUAACGCCGUUCACGCUGUCCCAACCAAUCCUGACGUAGCCGCUACGCUAACGCCGUUCACGCUGUCCCAACCAAUCCUGACGUAGCCGCUACGCUAACGCUGUUAACGCUGUCCCAACCAAUCCUGACGUAGCCGCUACGCUAACACUGUUCACGCUGAACCGAACAAAUCCUGACGUAGCCGCUACGCUAACACCGUUCAAGCUCUCCCAACCAAUCCUGACGUAGCCACUACGCUAACACUGUUCACGCUUCCCCAACCAAUCCUGACGUAGCCGCUACGCUAACGCAGUUCACGCUCUCCCAACCAAUCCUGACGUAGCUGCUACGCUAACGCUGUUCACGCUUCCCCAACCAAUCCUGACGUAGCCGCUACGCUAACGCAGUUCACGCUCUCCCAAGCAAUCCUGACGUAGCCGCUACGCUAACGCCGUUCACGCUCUCCCAAGCAAUCCUGACGGCUGAAAGGUCUCCGCUCAGGUGGGGGCAGGCUCAGGCCACGCCCACCUGCAGGUUACAUUUCUGCGUUCCGCCUUAAACGUUUUGAGGAUGGAGGCAGACGUUCCUGCAGGUCGGUCUGAGGUUCCAUGGAAGCGUUCGUCCCAAUCCUCUGUGGGUGAUUUCCAGCCACUCCCCUUUCUCUGUGUCAGUAAUUCCGGGGGGGAAGGGGGGUCACCUGCUGUGAUGCAUUCAGGUGUACAUAUCAGAGGACGACCGUGAUCCUGACGCUGGUCCAACGGUCCAGCUGUUUGUUCUGGAGUCCCUCAGGAACCAGUUCCAGGACUCCUGAUGCUUGACUCAGAUGGGGGUGGGGGUGGGGGUGGUUGUUUAUUACAGUUGUACUUUUACUCUGAAGUGUGUUUGUAAAAUGCAGCCAAAUGUGUUUCUAUUGUUUUCUACUCAUCCCGUGGAAACGUCAUCUCAGUGUUUUUGGAUCUGAUGCAAUACUUUCCUACCGUCGGCCUCGUUUUGUAAUUCAGCAUCAGAGGAACCCGGACGCUUCUGGGGGGGGGGGUCGGAGGCCGUGACCCCAGUGACUUUUUUACUGCUCUUCCAGUCAGUCCGGUCGGGUACUAGUGAUGUAACAAUUCCAAUAAAUGUUCCAGACGAGCCGGA